GAGCCGGCGGAGUAAGUAGCUUAAUAAAAUAGUUUUAAUUUCUAAGAUCAACUUUCACGAGGCCUACUGAAUGGGCUGCCUUUUUUUAUGAAGAAUUAAUCUAAAAUCUGUCAAGGACUGCUAUCUGAACCUUGGGAUAUUGGUUUUAACUACAAGGUGCAUGCAGGCCACACAGCUUAAGGAGGUGUGCAGAAUUAAUGCUCCUUUCCAAAAGUGACCAUGGCUGAUGAAAUACUUCCAGUGAAGUCUGACAGCAAAAGCAACAGGAAACGUAAAGAAAGGCAUCCCCCGGGUGGACAGAUGUUAAUAGACACAGAUACUUUGAAGACGGCCUCUUUAAUUGGAGGUAUAUGUGUUGGUGUGAACUCACUUUCAGAGAGUAGUGAUGCUGAAAUUCUUUAUCUGAACCCUCAAACACCAAAGUGGUCUCUCAUAGAGAAGUUUGCAGAGCUUUCACCUGGAGAGGAAUUGACACUUCACCAUGACCAAAACAGAAACAGUAAAGUACUUCUACAAUACACUAAAUAUACAGAGAAGAAAGAAAUACAUGGGUCCAAUGACAAGCUCCUGGAUGCAAAAGAAAAGAAGAAAAACAACUGCUCUAAAAACCUUAAGAUUCGUAAGGUACAAAGUGAUGCUGCAGUCAAACCAAGGGCAUGUGAGCUCAAAGAGAGAAACGUUGAGGAUAAUUCUUCAGCUGGUGAUGGAAAAAAGACCAAGAAAAAGGAUGUGAACAGCCGUCAUGUUAAGAAGUCACUUAAAAAGUCUACUGACAGCAAAAUCUCUCGCCUUUUGGUGGCAAUGAAAAAACGAAGUGAAGUUGAUACAGAGCAGCGUCCCUUUAAAUGCUCACACUGCCCCUGGGCAUUUAAGAAGCUCUGCAACCUGCAAAGUCACUUACAGACACACACUGGCCUCAAGCCGCAUGUGUGUGAUAUAUGUGGGAAGGCUUACUCCCAUCAGGGCACGCUGCAGCAGCACAAACGUUUGCACACAGGAGAGCGACCAUAUCAUUGCCCCUUCUGUGACAAGACCUAUAUCUGGUCCUCAGAUUACCGCAAGCAUAUCCGCACUCACACGGGUGAAAAGCCCUACAUCUGUGACACCUGUGGGAAGGAUUUCAUUCGCUCCUCUGACCUGCGAAAGCAUGAGCGGAACAUGCAUACCAACAACAAGCCUUUCCCAUGCAAGCACUGUGAAAAGACCUUCAAUAAACCCCUCUCCCUGAAGAGACAUGAGCGUAAGCACCUGGGAGAGAGGCCCUUCUCCUGCCCUGACUGUGGGAAGACCUUUGCCCUGGCCAGUCGCAUGGCAGAGCACCAAAAGAUCCACAGAGGAGUGCGUCCAUUUGUCUGCUCAGUGUGCUCAAAGUCUUUCACAAAGUCCUCCAAUUUGUUUGAGCAUGAGGCCAUUCACAGCGGGGAUCGACCUCACAAGUGUGCGGAGUGUGGUGUGGCGUUUGCCAUGGCUUCCCGUCUUGUCCGUCACCAGUACACCCACAGUAAAGAGAAACCACUUAACUGUACAGGAUGCAAAAAGAACUUUUGCCAGAUGGCCACACUGAAGCUUCACCAAGAGCAAAACUGCUCUGGACGGAUAUUUGUCUGUGUUGAGUGCAACAAAUCCUUCCAGUGUGCAACAAAGCUUGCACAGCAUAUGUUAAAUCACAAGGACAAGAGGGAGUGAAUGUGUAGAAAGACAGGGAUGUAAACAGAAACCACUGACAUGGUUCCUUUCAUAUAGACUGCUAAGUUUUAUGUUUUUGGUUUAAUCUUAUCAGAUAUGUGCCCUUGACAUUUUGGACCCAUCCAAGGUCACCAGUUUAUAUAUACAAGGGUAUUUAUUCAUGGUACAUGUGUCUCAUGAUUUUGAAACUUCUUAUGCACACUUCAUCUUUCUCAUGGUGCUGGGUUUCCCUUCAGAAUCUUGUAGGAUACAAAUAACCACAUGCACAGCCUUGGCACUGGAUCUGACAGCUACAUUUUGAGAGCACAUAAUAAAUUUAAAAUUUAAAGUUUACACAACACUGCCACUUUGCAUUUUAAAAAUGCAGUAAGUUUAUCUUGACAAAUUACCACUAAUGAAGUAUUUGCAUGUCUGACUUUAUUUUGAAUCUAAAUGCCAUGGCAGGACAUGCGGACCCUUCUCAAUUAGGAGAGGCACUGAGCAUUGCAUUUCAGGAGCUCCUCAUUUCCUCGCCUUGAAAUCAUUAAUACACAGAGAUUUAAAUUCCUAACUAUAGCCUUGGUAACAUAAGUGCACAUGCAUACAGGAAAUUUUUUUAAAUCAGUAUUUAUGACAGCUUCAAAUCUCCUGCCAGAUAAAGGGGCAGCUUCAUGUCCAAAGCCAGUCAGUGCUUCUUGCACAUACAGUGGCAAGAAAAAAUAUGUGAACCCUGUGAAAUUAUCUAGUUUUUUGAAUUAAUUGAUCAUUAAAUGUGAUCUUAUCAUCACAUCCAAGUCAAACACAAUGUGCUUCACCUAAUACCACACAAAUAACUAUAUUAUUUAAAGUCUUUAAUGAACACAGCCAUUGAAUAUUCACAGUGCCACUGAAAAAAAGUAAGUGAACCCUUAGGCUAAUGACUCCAAAAACUGAAGUCAGGACACCUGAAUUCCAAUCAAUUGAAAGAGAUUUCAGCCAGGUGUAGAGUUAUUGUGACUUAUAGAAAAGAAGCAUCUUCUGAUGUGAACCAUGCAUCCCAAAAAUACAUUUCAGAAGAUUUCUGAUCAAGAAAAGUUGAAUUGCAUAAGACUGGAAGGGGUUACAAAACCAUCUCAAAGACUGUCCAGAAAUGGAGAUGAUGUAAUACUGUGGCUAUUCUCCUUAGAAGUGGCCGUCUAGCCAGGCUGACUCUAAGGGCACAACACAGAAUGCUCAAAGAGGUUAAAAAGAACCCUAGAGUAACAACUGAAAGCUUAAAGGGAUCAUUAAAACUAGUCAACACCUACGUUCAUGGGUCUACCAGAAGAUUGACAAGGCAUGGUGUUCAUGGCAGGACACCACAAAGAGAGCUGAUGCUUCCAAAAAAAAAAAAAGAAAAAAAAACACUGCACACCUGAAGUUUGCAAAGGAGCACCUUGAGACUCCACACUGGACUGAUGAAACUAAGGUUGAAUUGUUUGGGAAGAACUCACAGCAUCAAGUAUGGCAUAAAAAGAGUACAGCAUGCCAACAUGAGAACAUCACCCCCACAGUGAAGUAAGGUGGAGGGAGCAUCAUGAUUCAUGGCUGCUUUGCUGCUUGGGGGCCUGGAUCGAUUGCCAUCAUCGAGGGCUAAAUGAAUUCCCAAGUUCAUUAAGAUAACUUACAGGAUAAUGUCAGAGUGUCUGCCAACUAGAGCUCAGAAGAAGUUCGGUUUAUGCAGCAGGACAAUGAGCCUAAACAUUGAAGUACAUCUACUACAGCAUGGCUUUCACAAAGAAAAUCUACCAUUUGGACUGGCCCAGUCAGAGCCAAGACCUGAAUCCAGUGGAGAUGCCGUGGAAUUACCUCAAGAGAGCCAUUCACACCAGACAGCCUAAGAAAAUGGGUGAACUUAAGCAGUUCUGUAUGGAAGAAUGGCCCAAAAUUCCUCCUGAACACUGUGCAGGUCUGAUCAAACUUGGGGUAACUGUGGCUCAGUUGGUGGUCUGCUGUCUCACAGGUUGUGGGUUCGAUCCCCAGCUCUUGCAGUCUCAUGUUGAAGUGUCCUUGAGUGUGUUAAUGGAUAUGGCUGCAUAUGCAAUACUGACUACUUCUGCCAUCAGUGUGUGAAUGGUGUGAAAGGGUAUGAAUAGGUAGGUGUGACCUGCAGUGUAAAAACACUUUGAGUAGUCAUAAGACUAGAAAAGAGCUUUAAAAGCUCAAGUCCACUUACCUUCGGCAGCUACCGGAAAUGCUUGGUUGAGGUUAUAGCUGCCAAAAGAGGCUAUACCAGUUAUUAAAUGCAGGGUCCACUUACUUUUUCCAGCUGCACUGUGAAUGUUUAAUGACUGUUCAGUUAAGACUUUAAAAUAUCCGAUUUGUUUGUUUGCUAUUAGGUUAAGCCUAUUUUGUUUGUCUAUAUUUGUGACUUAGAUGCAGACCAGAUCAUGUGAAGACCAAUUAAUGCAGAAAAAUACAUGAUUUAAAAGGGUUCACACGCUUAUCUCUGCCACUGUAUAUUAUGCAUUUUGUUCAUGGUACAAAAGCAGCAAAUAAGCCCCAUCAUGACAACGGAGGUACCUCUGAUCAUACAAUGUGUUUAAGAGACGUGACAUCACCCAAUUAUUUGUUGUCCAAUUGUUGCCUUGAAUUUGGCAUUUUUUUUGAUGAUGCACUUUGUGUUUGGAAGCCUCAUAUUUGGAGGAUUGUGUGGCAUUGCUAUGGGUGUUUUCACCGUGCAUGUCCUAAUCAAAACGAAGCUCUUGAGACAUUCGUAUUGGUAACUCCACAGUGUAACAUUUGAGGCGUUUCAGCAUUCGGAGUGUGAGAGCGCACGGCACAGCGAGAGCUCCGCACACUUUCGCUGUGUUCCCCCCUGGCUCUGCUGAUGAUUUCACGCCUCUGCUCCUACCUCCAAAUGCAUCACAGAGCGGGAUUCACUUUGUCCCCCUGUUAUGCCUCUGCAACACUAAGAGCAAAGGCAUAACAGGGGGACAGGUCCAAAUAUCACGCCUUAAAAUGGCACUGUGAAUCAGCCUGAUGUCUCUAUCCUGGUUGGCAGGUUGUCUUUGCAGCAACUUGUCAAUGAAAAGCAGCAAUACUUUACUUUAAAUGGGACCAUUAUUUUUAUUUAUUUAUAAUGUUCUUAAUUUAAAGUUCUUACAGAUCAGAACUAGUGUUCAAGACCAUUUACUUGUAUUGAUAAAUUGUUAACUGAGCCAAUAUGUUUUCCCAUGUGGCACCAGUCUUGUUUUGCACCGGUGGAGUACCCAUUAGAAAUAAUGUACAUGUUUGUAACACAUCAGCAUUUCUCUUUAAAUUUAAGUUCAUGUCCACUUCUUAUGCUGGGACAGGUUUGCAUCCACAUGAAUUGGAAAGAUUUAAAAUAGUUUAAGGAAGCUGGCUUUCCAGUCAUUCAUUGCAGUUGGAGAUUGCUCUGUUAAGUCAGCAUAUGUCCUGAACUCAUGUUGCUUAAUUGUCAUAUUAUGUUUCAAAACUAUUUUAGUAUUGGACAUUUUGACAUGUGGUUCUGUAGGUAGAUGUAAUUUCCCUCAUGAAGAUUACAGUUUCACAUCAUAUUACAACAGUGUAAAUGAAAGAUUUGGAUUCAGAAGAGUGGAAAAAAACAUUUCCUGGCAGUGAUUGUGCUGCAGAUGUUACCUUUAAGUUUUGACUGCAUGAGUGAGCGUGUGGAUGUAGUUAACAAGAUAAUCCUUUAGUUUAAUAUGGAAACUGUCCUCGUAAUCUUUGGGUUUUUAUUUAGAACUUCAAUUACUGAAUUCUCUUUUCACAUUACUGUCAAAAACACAUGUGAAUCAAAUCUUAACAUGUCCAGUGUCUGUAUUUACUCCAUUUCAGUGCACAUUAAAUGCCAGUUUACAUAAAUCAUGGUUUGGAUCAUACUGUGCUAUGUUGCCAGCUCAAGCAUGAAAAAUUCAAACUACAGAAAAAAAAGGUUGUAAGUGUUUCUAAAGUAUUUCUGAAUAAGAAUCUCAAUAAAACAUCUUUCAAAUAGUUGAAAUAAAAAUACCAGCACUUUUUGAUAUUUCUCAAAGAUUAACAAGAUCAUACUUUAUUGAUCCCCAGAGGGGGGAAAUCCAGAAUGACUUUAUAAGACCAGUUAGGGUCAUUUACAUCUGAAUCAAACAUUUUUUGGAUGCUGUUUCAAACUGUCCCUCUGUGGUGAUUAAUUUAAAUAUUUGUGGUAUGUAAUUGGCCAGCAGUGAGCAGUGAUUCCCCCCCUGGACGUCAGUGUGAGCUGAAAUACAGGUCGGUAUGUCCCACUCACACUUGGCAACUGCAGACUAAUGGUAAAAUGAGACAGCAC